AUGACAACGAACAGUGCCAACCUGAAGCUAUCUGGAAACAUACUCAGUCUGACAGGCAAACCGUCGCAACCGCACCCCCAACAGCUCCAGCAGCACCAGCAACAACAACAACAGAUCGCACAGAUCCAGCAACACCAGCAACACCUUCAGCAGCAACUGCACAAGCAAAAGCUUAAGCAGCAAGCGCACCAUCCCGGUGGUGCGUUCGUCAAUGGUGGUGGGCUUGUGAAACCUCCCGGCGCGCUUGGUACGAGUGGCAUCCCGCAGCAGAGCAGCGGAGGUGGAGGAGCUGGGGUGCCGGGGCAGGCACUGGGCAGUCAUAUCCCGCCCCGCUACCAACCUCCACCGCAUCCGCCGGGCGGUAUCCUUAAGAACGGCUACACCAACGGGCAUUUGAAGGCGUCGGCGACGGCGGCGGCGGCGGCUUUCCAGCGGCACCAGGACGCCGCCCACCUCCCAGGGGGUGGGCUUGCGUACCCGAAGGGUUACGGGGCCGGGGGUGAACCGGCGAAGCGGCCCCCCAACCCAUCCCGGUUGCUUGCGCCCCGCCAACACAUUCGCUUCUCGAACCUACCUCCGCUCGUGAACGGUGGUCCGGCUUCCGCGAGUCCACCGGCCACUAUUACGCCUCACCACCCACAGCAACAACAGCAACAACAACAACAACAACAACAACAACAACAGCAGCAACAGCAGCAGCAACAAAUCCAAGUGCAUCAUCACCUGCCAGCGCCACACACGCGGCUCAGCUCGGAAUCGUCCUCGGAAGAUCAAACGACCAGCUCGACGAGGUCCUUACAGGCUCAUUUGGCCCACGCGAAGGUUUCGUCCUCGUCAGCGUCGUCCUCCCCCUCAGGACCACCCGUUCAACCGCCCGUCGUUGGUCCACCAGCCAGCCACAUCCACCAGACCACGGCGAUCGUGCAUCACAGCAGUCAACCCACGAAGCUUUCCGGGCCUUCGGUUUCUCACCUGCCCACGGCCACCGGUGCAGGCCAUCCUCAGCAACAUCCGGUGCAUUCGCUUCAGCACCCCACAAUCCAGCAACACCAACACCAACACCAACAACAGCAGCAGCAGCAACAACAGCAACAGCAAAGCCAGGAGAUGCUGAAGUUCGUGCGGAAGGCCGAAUCGGAGACCUCCUCGACACCGACCUCCUCGAGUGGGGGUGGCGGUGGUGGGGGAGGUACUGGUGGGGGUGGAGGGCGGAUCUCGGCGCUGGAACAGAACCGCCACUUCCAGAACCUGCUCGCCGAACUUCGCGCACUGAAAGAGGCUAACCAGCGGCUGAGUGACGACAACCAGGAGCUGCGAGAUUUGUGUUGCUUUCUGGACGACGAUCGGCAGAAGGGCCGCAAGUUGGCUCGCGAAUGGCAGCGAUUUGGUCGGUACACGGCAAGCGUGAUGCGGCAGGAGGUGUCAGCUUAUCAGACCAAGCUACGGCAGCUGGAUGACAAGCAGCAGGAGUUGAUCCGCGACAACCUCGAGCUGAAGGAGCUCUGUCUGUAUCUGGACGAGGAACGCAACAACACCGGAAAUCGAACAGCGACACUUUGUGCGAGCUGUGGUACGACGAACGGCGGUCCGGUACCGUUGAGGGAUGACGGUGAUGGCAGCAGUUCCAGCACCAAUGCUGACGAGAACCUUCACAACCUCGGGCAGUUCGGACGGAAUGGCAUGGACCUCAACAUGCGAUCGACGUUAAGCGAUCAGACGCUCCAGUACGUUCGGGCACUCGAGUCCCGAAUACGGCAACUUGAGGAAGAACGAGCCGUAGUGUUGAACAGCACGGCUGCAGCAAACACGCCUUCCAACGGAACCUCCGUGACGACAACGACCACGACAUCGAAUUGUGGGCCAGAUCCCAUCUCCGGUCGGCCUGAAGCGGUCGUCCGAGCGCUGCAGGUGUUGGAAGUUCGCGAACAAUUGGAGCGAGAACGCAUCGGAAGCCAACAGCAACAGGACGCACUUGAUGACGGUGAGAAGGCGCUGGUGCGCGAAAUGUGUAACGUGGUGUGGCGCAAGCUGGAGGACGCGCCUAGUACUGGCAUAGACCAGCACGUUUGAGGCUGCGCCCUUUUGAGGCAGGACGAGAUGUACAAAUUAGGGUUAGGCGAGCGGAUGGCGAAAGAAAGGCAGGCCGACUCGAGGAUGCGCCGAGCGAUUUUGAGGGCGAUCUUGCGUACGCGGCAAGAUCCACUCUCUACGUGAUCGCACGCGCGUGCCAUCCCUUUGAUCCUUGCGCUGUUCUUUUUCCCAUCGCUCGACGCCACGGGCGGACACUGUUGAAUGUGUGUUUUUGUGUGUUUACCCAGCGCCGUGUACGUGUGUUAUCUCAAACCUCUCAAACCGAUAGAGAAGGUGUCGACAUUCGUUUUAUCAGGACACACAGAUAACGCGUAAGGACGCAGGAACGUCGCUGACGGGUUGAGACACAUGUACAGAAACCGAACGUAGCCGCGUGGCGUGGCGAGCGAGU